AUGAUCACCACGGAUGCCACCGGCAAGCCAGCCAUUGAGAUUGGCGUGGACCCAUCUGGAAGCAGAGACAACCUGGUGCUUCCGGACGAGCUUUUGGCAGAGAACUUGAUCUUCGCCACGGUGGAGAAGCCCCGUGAUGGCCGUUGCCUUAUCGAAUCUUUUGAGGACGAAGAUGCCGGAUGCGAGCUCAUCGAGCCGCCUUAG